AUGUUUGAAUAUAGUUAUCCACGUCUUGAUGCAAAUGUAACAAAAGGAAUGAAUCAUUUACUUAAAUCUCCAUUUAGUAUUCAUCCAAAAACUGGUCGUGUAUCAAUACCAAUUGAUUUAGAUUCAUUAGGAUAUUUUGAUCCAUGUAAAGAAGGUUCAGUUCCAAAAUUAAAUGAAUUAUGUCAACAAGUUGAACAAUUACCAAAACAAAAUCAACAAAAUGAAGAUGGAUUAAAUGAGAAAAUUUCUAAUAAACAAAAAGCUAAAAGUGAUUUCAAUACAAUAUUAUCAGGAGAAAUUUGA